ACGGGCGUUUGUCGAGAACCGAUGGGCGUCAGGUGUCUAGGUACGGGAGAUUACGAGGCAACGUGAUGCUGACAACGUCGGGACAUCGUCCGAAGGCCACAUGCUCGAGAGGGCGAGCAGGCCGUACCCGAGGAAGGCAUCUCAGCAGACAGAGCAUCCAUGAACGAGGAAAAGCAGAUAUCGUCCGAGGAGCAGAACAUCGCCAAACUCUCCACCACCACCACCACCACCGCCCUCCAUGCAAGUCGCUCCCGAGCCCCGCACCGACGUCACGGCCUAGCCCGGCAAGCGUCACGCUCGAAGCAUCGUCCCUACAGUCGUGAUAAGAAUGGAGCAGCUAGAAUUGCAACCUCGUUGCUUGGACGAAGGGCCGUGCGAGGCAGCCAAAGGCCGCUCGCCACGCCCUCCGAGCUCCUCCGAGUCAAUCCUCGGGCUCAUGGCAGUCGCCAAAUUCGGAGAACAAUCCGACUUCUGAUGCGCAGCGCACCCAUUGGUUCGCCACAGCUCCGUGGCUUUCUUUGCCCUCAUUAACGGUUUCCCUCUGCGCUUUUCGUCAUGGGCUCCAUCGCCGUCGCCGUCUCCGAUUACUUUGACUCUGGGGUGGAGUUGCUUAGAAGCUAAGUUCCACGACUGAAGCUCGAUCGAAGAGGUAACUUGUUCGACGGUAUAUUUCCUCCACUGCGUUAUAGUGUCCCAUUGCUUCGAGUGGAAAGAUGAAGCUACGUGAGAAUCGAUUGAGACUUGCGUAAAUGAUGAAGGCGAUGAUUGAUGGUGAAACCAUAUCGGAAGCUGAAUUUCACAUAAACUCAUGUAAUCAUAAUCAUAGAACUUGAACUUGAGUCAUUAUUGGACA